AUGGAUCCGAUGGAUAUAGUUGGAAAAUCCAAGGAAGAUGCUUCUCUUCCAAAAGCUACCAUGACGAAAAUUAUAAAGGAGAUGUUACCGGCAGAUGUUCGUGUUGCUCGAGAUGCUCAAGAUCUUCUCAUCGAGUGUUGCGUAGAGUUCAUAAAUCUUAUAUCCUCAGAGUCUAACGAAGUGUGUAACAAAGAAGACAAACGAACAAUCGCUCCUGAGCACGUACUCAAAGCACUACAGGUUCUUGGCUUUGGGGAAUACGUCGAAGAAGUCUAUGCUGCUUAUGAACAACAUAAAUAUGAAACCAUGCAAGAUUCACAGAGGAGUGUGAAGAUGAACAGCGGAGCGGAGAUGACGGAAGAGGAAGCAGCAGCGGAACAACAGAGAAUGUUUGCAGAAGCUCGAGCUAGAAUGAAUGGAGGUGUCUCUGUUCCUCAACCAGAGCAACUAGAAACCCAACAGUCUAGUCUACAAAGCUAA